AUGCCUCCAAAGACUUACCCAACCCCCUCUCGCUCCACACGGACAACAAAGUCCGCCGCCGCCCCCGUCGCACUGUUUACCGAUGACCUCGCCGACAAGCUCGCCACCAAGCUCACAAUAUCGAAUGGAAAGGCGAAGGCCAACUUACCUGUCGAGCUUACUCUAGAAGAGGGCAAAGCAGGCGCGAGGCGCGCUGUGAAUGCGGCCUCCAAGAGCCUCUCCGCCGUCCUCGAGACGGGCUGGAAAACCGGCUCUGAGGCGAAGCCUACCGUCGAUGGCACCACUGCAACUUCCGUCACGAAGCACGCGGAAGGAGCUGGGGACUCUUCGGAUGUUGGAUCCUAG